AUGUCGUCCGGAACUAAGGUCUACAACUUUGUUAGCCAACCAGACCAGUUCAAGACCGUACUUGACGCAAUUGCCAAAUCCGAGGGUAUUGUUUUCCUGUGUGGCCCGGAUCUGCUGGCAUCCUCAGGAAUGCCGAGUUUGUCUCAAACAUCAACGUUUUGCCACAACACUUUCGAUUCACAGUUGCCGCUUAGCAAGAUGAUUGUGGACUGCUCAGAGCCAAACGGUGGACCAUCCCAGCUUUCGGACGACCAAUUGGCGGCGUACAACAAGGUUAUGGCAGCCAGAAGAAUUCAGGCGCGUGGCAUCCCAUCGAGUCCGUUCCAUCAGUACUUCCAUCGAGUUUUUGCCUUGAAACGAGUCGUGAAGUACCUAACUACGAGCUUUGACGCUGUUGAGGUUCUCAGGAAGCGCGUCGCGGAAAUCAAACGAGCCACCUCUCGCCCUCCCGCUCCGGCAGCUAAGGCGUCCCGCCGCCUAUGCCCAGCAGUUCUAAACAGCAUGGCCUCUGACAUGCUUCCUGGAGCCAGGCUACGCAAUAGGAUAGUAGCCGCCGCAAAGAACGCGGACCUACUUCUUAUUGCCGGGAUAUCUCUCCAGUCCGAUGAGAUAAUGGACCUUGUCCGAGAGAUUGCCGAGCAGGUGCAUAGGCGCUAUGGCGGGGUCGUGUACAUCGGGGAACAACCCAGCGGGGGGCGUGGGUCCAAGUACCAUGUCGAUUUCCACUUGCAGAUGACCCCAGACAAGUGCGCCGGGCACAUCCAAAGUACUAUGAACCGGCUUGAAGAUGCGGACACUAGUAUGGAAUCGGCAGUGGGAACAGAAAGCGAAAAAGCAGGUGCCUGGUGUGAAAUCAUAAACAACGAGAUCGAAAGCCUGUUUUUGGUAGAGGAACCUGAGUUAAACAGGCCCCAGUGCUUUCUGUGCAAUACCUCACUCGAAGAAUGUUUGCUUAAGUGCAGGCGUUGUGGUGACUGGCUCUGCUACACGGGUCCAUACCAUACAAAUCGAACGGCUCCCUGCGUCGUGCUGCAGAUGUUCAGGGACGAGGCCAACAAGCCAUCUAUCGAGAUGGAGAUAGAUGCUUUCUGCUGUAUGUACUGUUGGAACCACUCCGAAGAGGGUCCUUAUCCGCAUUCUGUGAAACCUGCUCCAUGGGUGGCUGUACAGGAACGGGGCAGACCUGCGCCGCGCAUGAUUAUGAUCAUCUACUUCCUCGAUCAGUUCUGGCCCCAAGCAAAACAUCUCAGGAACCUUGUGGCCGGGAAAUGGGCUGGUAGAGGCUGGUCGGCUCAUGUCGAGCCGGUGCGACUGGAAAACCUCCAUGAGCCCCGUAACAUAUUACCAAAUUUCUCCUGGGAUGCAAAGACAUACAACGUCUUUGUCAUAUAUAUCACGCACGGCAUCUCGAGCUCCAAGGGGUACCAGAUCUCCCCCACAGAGUUGUAUCCAGCGCCCCAGUUUCUUGAAUACACUCUUACGCCGGUGAGGGACAUAAUACUCCAAGCGAACCAUUCCUUGGCCAUUUUCGCCUGCUGCGGGUAUCCCUUCUUGGAGCCUCAGAAAGUAUGGGACCUGCAGCUGUGGUUGAAUAGGAGCAUUUUCAUAAACUCUAUCAUCGGCUGCCUGAACGAGAAGCUUUCCCCGGCUUUCCUUCUUUCCUUUAUCGGAAAGCUAACCACGGUCUCGGCAGACGAUAGAGUGUACUCAGAGGAUGCGAUGAACUCAUGGAUGUCAAGCAAUAUCGCGGUCAGCCAUACCGAUCUAAUCUAUCUUCAGAGGUUGUCCCCUCCGGUCAUGUGGCUCUUUUCACCCUUUGAUACCCGUCCGCUUGGGAAGGAGCUGCCCCACAUCCUCACUGCGUGCAAAUGCAGACGUGAAGAGAUGGUGACUGCACAGGGGAAGCAAACCGCAAAAGUAUGGAAGGUUUCACACAAUGCCACGAUAGGAAUGCCCUUGAGUGAUGUUCGAGUCAAGGUGUCAUGUUCUAUAUGUCGGCAAAUGUGGGUCCUACCAUCCGAGCAUCUCAAGGGGAAAGUAUAUUCGCAUGCAGGUCUUUACUGCUCAGUAGUUCCGUACUUCGCGACGUAG